AUGGAUUUGGUAAUGAAACAGCAAAGUCAAAAACAGAUGCAACAGCAAGCUCUUUUGGAUGAUCUUCUGUGGGCAGUGAACCAGCUCAAUGAGGUGUUAGGUCGCAAUAUUACGUUGUUGCGGCGUCAAACGGAAAACAUUCUCAUGCAAAAGAACGCUUGUGCUAAACAUGAAAAGCUUCAGCAGAAUAAUUUGAUUAGCUCCUGUAGAGAGGAGCUUUCGAGGCGUACCGGUAAAUACAUGCUCCUAACGCCAGACAAUACUGAAUCGUUUGAGGUUCUUUGUGAUCAGACACAUUUCGGAGGAGGCUGGCUAGUGUUCCAGCACCGGUACGAUGGCAAGGAGGACUUCAACCGAGGUUGGGACGAGUACCGGAAUGGCUUCGGGAGCCUCGAUCACGAGUUUUGGAUGGGCUUAGAACGGUUGCAUCAGCUGACUUCUUCGCGACCGCAUGAACUGCUGGUGGAGCUGAGGGACUUCCAAGGAAGCUUUGUGUAUGCACGGUAUCAGAGGUUCGAGAUUGGCAGCGCAGCGGAGGACUACAUGCUGAAAAAAAUUGAAUUCAAUAAUGGUACGGCUGGUGACUCACUGACCCAACACAAGGGAUUGAAGUUUUUGACCUUUGAUCGAGAAACUGAGGAGCAGAUAAAUUAUGCCGCUGAAUAUGAGGGUGCAUGGUAA